AAGCGCGCCGCAAAGGCAGCCGUGGUGCUCGGCGAGUUUGGCGUCCGCGACAACGGGGACAACCAGCUCAGCAACUCGGACACCACCCAGUGGUCGGCCACCGACGUCGCGUGGCUGGGGUGGCUGGCGACUUACACCCGGGGCCAGCUCGGCGCGCAGCGCUCGUGGAUGUGGUGGGCAUAUAAUGCGAAUUCUGGGGACACGCGCGGCAUCGUGGGGCCGUCGACCACGUGGCGUGAGGUUCAGUGGACCAAAGUGCGAUUUCUGGCCAAGAAUUUUGGGCUGCAGCCGUGGUACUGCGCGGCCGGCACCAAGUCACUGGCCCGCAAGUAUGGCUGCGCCUGA